AUGGAACCACAGAACAUCACGUGGGUGGUUGAGUUUGUUCUCUUAGGAUUCUCACGGACCCAGAAGCUCCAGAACUUUCUGUUCUUGGUGUUCCUAUUUGUCUAUAUCACCACAGUUGUAGGAAACCUCCUGAUCAUGGUCACAGUGACUUUUGAGCCCCGACUCCACACACCUAUGUAUUUUCUGCUCCGAAACCUGGCUGUCAUAGACCUCUGUUGUUCCACGGUCACCUGCCCAAAGAUGCUGGUGGACUUCUUUCACGAGACCAAGACCAUCUCCUACUGGGGCUGCAUGGCCCAGAUCUUCUUCUUCCACCUGCUGGGAGGUGGGAUUGUCUUCUUCCUCUCCGUGAUGGCCUAUGACCGCUACAUAGCCAUCUCCCGGCCCCUCCACUACAUCACCAUCAUGAACACUCGGCUGUGUGUGGGCCUGGUGGUGGCCGCCUGGCUGGGGGGCUUCGUCCACUCCAUCGUCCAGCUGGCUCUGAUGCUGCCAUUGCCUUACUGUGGCCCCAACGUCCUGGAUAACUUCUACUGCGAUGUCCCCCAGGUACUCAGACUAGCCUGCACUGACACCUCCCUCCUGGAGCUCCUCAUGAUCUCCAACAGUGGGCUGCUGGUGCUCCUCUGGUUCCUCCUCCUUCUCGUCUCUUACACUGUCAUCCUGGUGCUGCUGAGGUCUCACUCAGGGCAGGCGAGGAGGAAGGCAGCUUCUACCUGCACCACCCACAUCAUCGUGGUGUCUAUGAUCUUUGUCCCAAGCAUUUACAUCUAUGCCCGGCCCUUCACUCCUUUCCCCUUGGACAAAGCUGUGUCCAUCAGCCACACAGUCAUAACCCCCAUGCUCAACCCCAUGAUCUACACCCUGAGGAACCAGGAGAUGCAGGCAGCCAUGAAGAGAUUAGGCAAGCGGCUAAUGAUUUGCAACAGAGAGUGAACUUUUAACUAGCUUGACUUCACGUGACAGAUCUUCUCUCUAAACAUGCGCUGACCCAUAAAACAUGGAAGAAAGUCUCC